AUGGACUGCGCACCUCAAAUCACAAAUGCUGUUGAAACAGCCAUCCCCUUAUGCCAGAUCAUUUGGUGUGGCGUUCAUGUGUUGCGCGCUGUCAUGAGAAAGGCUGAAAAGUUUCAAGAUCGUUCCAACUUCGAAACUUUCUAUAACUUAAUGAAGUUAUUGGUCUUUGGUUCUGAAGAGGAAGAAAUUGAUCCUGAUGAAGUUUACAACAAUUUAGAAGAAAUUUUAAAUGAGGAACCUGCUGCCCGUGAAUACUUUGACCAACAGUGGCGCCAUCAUCUUGACAGGUGGAUGCUUCGCUAUAUAAAUGAAGGAGAUGGAACAAACAACAUCUCGGAA